AAUAGAGAUGCUUUUGUGGUUUUAUUGUUUAUCAAAUUACAAAGAAAGAAAAUGAAACUAUUCCAAAAGUGGAAGUAAUUUCUUACUGCCUACGUGUUAAGUUUGUGGUCAUUGGCUAUGGCAACCUUUAUAAUAAAUAGAUGCUCUGAAACCCCAUCAAACUUAAAAGGACCAAAGGAGAAGACUGCAAGGAUGGCACAUAAUGAAACAGUUUUUAUGGGAAGUUCUCAGGAAAUUUUUGAAAAAUACCAUAUAGAUGAAGAGGUGGGCUUCGCUCUGCCAAAACCACUGGAGGAGCUACCUCCACCUUAUGAUGAAUGGAUUUCCAUCGCUAAGAAUCUACCGGAACUGAUUGAAAAAAAUAAACUACGGGAAAGAGUUGACCAGUUACAAAUUCACAGUAUUGAUGGCCUCAAAGAUCACAAGUCACAGCGCCUUGCACAUCUGACCCUGGGGUAUAUCACCAUGGCAUAUGUGUGGAAUCAAGGUGGCGAAGAUGUUCGAGAGGUACUGCCAAAGAAUAUUGCUGUUCCUUACUGUGAACUCUCUAAGAAGCUGGGUCUGCCUCCUAUUCUGGUUUAUGCAGACUGUGUCUUGGCAAACUGGAAGAAAAAGGAUCCCAAUGGGCCCAUGACUUAUGAGAACAUGGAUGUUCUGUUUUGGUCUGGUGGAGACUGCUGUAAAGGAUUUUUCCUGGUUUCACUAUUGGUGGAGAUAGCAGCUGCUUCUGCAAUCAAAGUAAUUCCCGAUUUAUUCAAGGCAGUUAAAAACGAGGACCAGAGUGCUUUGCAAAAAGCACUGCGUUAUAUAGCUUCUUCUCUGCAGCAAGCCUGUAAAGAGUUUGAAAAAAUUCAUGAAUAUGUGGACCCGAACACAUUUUACAAUGUUCUUCGCACAUACUUGUCUGGGUGGAAAAACAGCUCCAAACUGCCAAAGGGUCUGAAGUAUGAAGGUUUCUCGGACACUCCAAGGAAGUAUGCAGGGGGCAGUGCUGCCCAAAGCAGCAUCUUUCAGUGCUUUGAUGUUCUGCUGGGCAUCCAGCAACAAUCUGGUGAAGAAUCUGCUGCCAGAUUCCUCCAGGAAAUGCGAAAAUAUAUGCCACCAGCUCACCGGAAAUUUCUUCUCUCAUUAGAGUCAGGCCCCUCAGUCCGUGAAUUUGUUCUUUCAAAAGGUGAUACUGAGCUGCAGGCAGAUUACAAUGAGUGCGUGAAAGCUAUGGUUUCCCUGAGAAACUAUCACCUACAAAUAGUAACUAAGUACAUUGUGAUUCCUUCACGCCAGCAAGAAAAUAAAGGAACUGGAGGCACUGACGUCAUGACUUUCCUGAAGAGUGUGAGAGGUACUACUGAGAACUUCCUGCUGAGAGAUAAUUAAUGGAACUCAAACAAGGGCACAUUUUGCCAAGACAAAGAUGUGUGUGUGUGUGUGUGUGUGUGUGUGUGUGUGUGUGUGACUUCUCAUUAUAUCAGACCCAUGAAUUGAUAAUACACAACUCUUUAAUAGGACUUAUAAAAUUUUUCAAAAUGUUUUUCCAGUAUCUGUGCCUUCUCUGUCUGAAUGUAAUAAAAAUAAAUUAGAUUAGAUUAUAAUCUAUAUUAUGUGAUUAGAAUAUAAUGAUGAAAUUCAAUAAAAAUUGAUAUAAUAAAAUGUCUAAA